CGAUCCUUAUACUAUCGAAAGUGUUAAUUAAGGAGUCGUAUAUGUUUAUUAUCUCGUGUUAAAACAUUGUAUAAUUCAUAAAAUAUGUAAAUCUUUGCUAAUGAACUUAUUUUUUAUGUCUGCUACUAAUUAUCAGACAUUUUGAUAUUAUUUAAUGACGUGUAUGUUGGAUCGAUUCCAAAACUGGUUAACGUGUAUCAAAACAGCUUAUUCAUCGCUUCAUUUACUGCAACGUUAUUACUGCUGCUAGGAGGAAGAAAAUGGUUCGUGUUGCAUCCUCAUCCCUACUCGUAGAUUACAAUGUUCCGAAUUGCAGCGACAAGGAUUCGUAUCUACUGGUGUAUUACGAACUAUUUCUAGUUGCUGUUGGUAUAUUGGUAACACUUUACACCUUCUUAACAAUAGUCAACACUUUCUUUCAAGUGAUAUUCGUUCACAUCCUCUUAUGGAUCUUUCCCUCUUCAGCUAAGAAUUUUGGAAAAUGGGCAGUUAUCACAGGAGGAAAUUCGGGUAUAGGUAGGAGUUACGCUUUCCACUUUGCCAAACAAGGUACGAAUGUCAUCAUAAUUGCGAAAAAUAUGAAAACUCUGCGUAGUACCGCUGAAGAAAUUCGUUGCAAACACCGAGUGCAAUGUCAUUAUAUUCAAGCAGACUUGACAAAGGAAGACGUCUUCAAAAGAAUUGCUAAAGAGUUAGAAGGUAAAGACAUAGGGAUUUUGGUCAACAAUGCCGGAUAUAACGGUAACAUGCCUCGUCGCUUCUUAUCCGAGACUGAAAGCAACGUAUUGAUAAUGAUAAACCUACACAUGACGGCGGUAAUACAAAUGACGCGCCUGGUACUACCGACCAUGUUGUCUAAAGGUAGAGGGGCCGUUGUUACGAUAUCUUCAUUAUCGUCUCUAAAUCCCUUCCCUCGCUUGAACGUGUAUUCGUCAUCCAAAGCAUUCGCGGAUCGCUUCACCAGGAGCAUCGCUUUAGAAUGUUCAGGUAAAGGGUUACACGUACAAUCCCUUGUUCCCGGUUACGUAUCGACUCGUAUGAUUAAAUUUGUGUUUAUGAAAGUAUUUGUUCCUAGUAGCGAUACUUAUGUAAAAUGCGCAGAGAGAACAAUAGGAAUAUUGGGUUAUACUACAGGUUACUGGAUACACGAAGUUUGUCGAUAUUUUCUUCUAUAUACCUCCUUUCUACCUACCUCAUAUCGGAAAUAUCUUCUAUUACCAUCAUUGUUAAAAAUACGUAAGCUUUUAUUGAAGAUAUAAAUGAUGUAUUGCAAAUACUACACACUGUUAUACAUUUAAAAGUAUAUCAUUAUGUAUUUUUACUAUCUGUUGAUAUAUAUAACACUAUAUGCUCAUUUUUUGUUCAAUAAAUACAUAUAUAACCUGUGUAAAGUGGACUAGUCGAACAGGUAU